AGUUCAUCAAUUUUCUGUAUGCGUAAAAUUUUAAACAAUUUAUUAUUUUUACAUAAAAUACGCCCAUAAACUUGAUAUGUCUUAGUUAAUUUUGCUUUUACGGGAUUCAUGAUGAUGAACUCCAUUCAUAACACAGUCAAAUAUCUGCGGCUGAUAAACAUCAAGACAGCUUUAAAUGCUGUUAAAGAAUGUCAGCCGCGACGGCUGCCAGUGGAGAAACCCUGCUUAUUGUCUAAGGCGAAGACAUUAUCUUUUGCACCUCGUUCUAUUGGUGUAGAGAUCACCGAGAGCAAUGUUGUGGAUAGAACUAAGCAGGACCCGAUUCCUUACAUACCCAUAAUUAAUCCGCGGUCGAUUUUGCCGUUAAUUGAUACCAAUUGGAGGAAGGAUGAAGUGGGUCUCCCUGCACUGAACAAUGAAGAGAAGCAAGCGACCAGGCUUAUUGUCAUUAGGAGGAAAAAGAUGAAGAAGCACAAGCGCAGGAAGCUGUGGAAGAGAAUGAGAUAUCGCUGGGCUAGGAUAAAGCAGCGCAGGCGUCAAGUCAAAGAAAAGAUCUUCCAGAACUCACUCCUCGCCAUGGUGAAGGAGGCCAACGAGUUCUCCGCCGAGAAGUACGUCGCUGGGAAACUGGAGAAGGCCAACCACAAGCCGCUGCCCACCAGGUGGCGCCACAAGCGCCUGCCCGAGUUCAUCAUCCGACAGCUGCUCGGCAUCGACAAGAAGAUCAAUUACAAACACACGGAUACUUAUAAGGCUUAAUUUGCUCAUGUCUGAAGUUACUGCUAUUAGUUGCAUGUUUAAUUUUGAGAAUUAAGGUGCCCUGGAUCUUGUAGAGUUGAAGUCUUCUAAAAUCUAAGAGGCAUCUGAACUUAUAUGCAUUACUAUGAUUCAGAAUAAUAUAAUCCUGUAAUUUGUUACUUAUGCAUAUCAAAGAAAAGGCUCUCUUAGAUAAGGAAUCAACUGACCUGAGGACCUGAAAUCCUCUAAAAAUGUUAUAAUAUAUUUAAGCCAGUAAUUGUAUUUUUGCAUUUAUAAUAAAUAAAUAUUGAGGAAAAGGUUUUGGAUUUGAGUAACUGAAAUCAUAUUAACUGAAUUCUGUGAGAGCUGUUAUUGCUAAAAUGUAUUUAUUUUCGUGUUAUUAACAUCGUCGACCGAUUGUAUUGUUUUUAUGGCGCAUUAUCAGUAACUUUAGACAUUAUGAGAAGCUGAUUGGAAUAUUUGUAGACAAUAUAGAGUUAUUAUAAUAAAUAA